AUGAGAUUGCAGGCAUCACCACAACCAGCAUACAUUAGUGAACUGGUUGAAGGUCAGGGUGAGUCUGACCUCCGGUUCCAGCUACGAGCAUGUAGAACUGAGAUCGCAAUGGCAAUCCAUGACCCCUUCCCCUUACUGUAUGGCUUGGCUGAUCACGACAUCAUCUCUGAAAAGAUUCUGUGUGAAACUUUGGAACAAAAGAAAAAAGAUGGCAUCCACAAAGCUGUCUACUUCCUCCUCACUUUGCUGCUGGAUCAAGAUGCUGCUGUCCUCAAGGCCUUCUGGAGCAAUCUCUAUAAAAAGUACAACAAAGAGUGUUAUCCAAAAUUGGAAACCCUUUUAAUGAAUCUCCCCCAAAGGACUAAAGCAGGAGUCCAAGCUGUGUCUACCUCAGUUCAGAUAGCUGUGACUGUGUCUGCCAAUGAGCAUCCCACUGGCUGUAGGACAAUGGAGGGGAUCAUAAUACAGCAAGUCAUUGAAUCUGGAGGUGCCAAAAAAUGCAUCAAGGUUGGAGGAGAGUUCUACUCUUCUGGCAAACUGGAUGAGACAUGUGGCGGACACAAGACACAGACUGCAGACAACUAUAGUCACCAGCAGGGGGAGCUAAGCACCAGAGCUAUCGAUCAUAACGAUGAUGAGUGUGUAAUGUGUAAAUUCGGUGGGGAGCUCAUCUGCUGUGAUGGCUGUCCUUGCGCCUUCCUGGUGCCACCCCUCACCUCCGUACCCAGUGGUACAUGGCUGUGUCAGCUAUGCCAUAGCAGCAGAGCCAAAGAGAAGACAUAUACCCUCUUGCAGCCCAUAGGCCUCCAGGUACAAUUAUCUCAUGUGACUCAGUUUUUGAUGGUUGGGAUCAGGGUGGCCUGUGGAAUUUGCCACCUCGCCAGAGGAGAGAUGAUCACCUGUCCUCAGUGCCAGAGCUACCAUAACACACAGCAAUUUCUCAGGAGUAAGACUAAAUGUAGGAAUUGCUCCAGGACUUGGGGCUCAGAGAGUGAAACACCAUCUAGAAGUCUUCAGGUGACCCAACACAUGACUGAUCAGAGCUCAGCCCCCUUAGAGCAGCUGCUCAACAAAGUUGAAAUGAGUCCAUUGGGGAGAGCUCUAUAGAUGGGAUCCAUAACAUCUCCCAUCCUCUCUCUGAGUCUCAGGGCUACUUCCAGUGAUACAGUCCACCAUCAUUCAUUCAUCUGUGCUGUGCUGAGCAGUUUGGCAGUACAUCAUGAACUAUG